AUGAAAGUUGUACCACAAUUUCCACUUCCUCCUGAUCCAAAUUAUGAUUAUCCAAUAAAUAAAGAAUUAACAAUUUCUAAGAGACCAUCACCAAAUAAUAGACUAAGUAGAAACUUAAUUACUAAUUACCCACAUUUAUCAAAUUCAAAUCAAUAUAAAUACGAAAUAAAUUCAUUUUCAGACACUCCAAAUUCUAAAAUGACACAAGAAGUUUUAAAUAGUAGAUUAGAAGUUGAAUCAACUUCUACAACUUCAUUACCAAUAUCUUAUCCUUAUUAUUAUUUAGAAGAUUAUUCACCAGGUAAUCAAAUAUUAUUACAAAAUCAUCAAUCAAAUAAAUCAGCAGAUACUUUUGAAUUAUUAAAAUCUAUAAAUAUUCCAAAUCAAAAUGAUAUAAGUCCCACUAAAAAGAUACAAGAACAACAUUAUAAGAAACAAAUAUCACCAAGUAGAUACAAUGACAAUUUAUACAACCAAGUACCCAAAAGAUUCUCACAAUUUAUUAUUGAUCAACAAAAUCCCUAUGUUUCACAAAGAUUAGAUAAUUUAGAUAAUUUAAAUGAAGAUGAUUUAUCAAGUAUUAAAACCAAGGAUCAUACCAAAACAGAAUCAUCAAUACAAAAAUCAUUCAGUUUAACUAACUCUAAAACUCAAAAGACAAGUGCAAAUCAAUCUCAAUCAAAUUAUUUAGAUGAUGAAUAUUUUAAUAAUGCUGGUACAUUAUCAAGAAAUAUUUCAAAUUCUAUGGAAAGUCAAGCUACUAUUUUUUCAACAAGACAUAAACAACCUUCAAGACAACAAUUCCAAUCACAACCAAGAAUAAGAUCAAAACACCAAAAACCUGAAAAAAACCCAUCACAACAACAACAACAUUUUCAAAACCGUAUAAAUAAUUCCCUUAAAAAAACAAGAACAUUAUUUAACAAAAAGCCAAAAUCAAGAACAUCAAAUGUACAAAUGUAUCACAACGACUCAACAAACACAUCAAUUAUAGAAUCAUCAAUUCAAUCAAGUUCAGGUCUUAUUAGAACAAACGCAAUAAGAGUUAAAAAGGGAAGUAUAUGGUAUAGAUUUAAAUUAAAAUUAUUAAAAUUUAUAAAUAAAUUCAAGUUUUAUAAUUUUAAAGCAUCAUCAAAAAGAUCAAAAGGAAGUUUUAACAAGUCAAAAUCAUUGAAAAGAUCAACUACAAAGAAACGUGAACCAUUACAAAAUCAAGAUAUGAAAAGAUUAACAUCUAUAAAAUUAUUACCACCUCAUAAAUUAAACAACAUAAACAAUGAAACAGACUUCUUGAAGAUUUCAAAUCCAUCAACUAAUCCAAAUUUAGGUAAAACUCCAAUCUAUCAUGUCUCCAAAAUGGACAAUAACUUAAAAAAUUCAAUGGGUAUAACUUCCAACAACAAAAAUUUAACACCAGAAGAAAAUGAAAAUUUAAGUAAGUUCAACCAUUUAACAAAUUAUAUAAACCAACAAGAUAAAAAUUUCCUUAAGCAUAAACCAAAUUUAAUCAAUGAAAAUCCAAGAAUUAUUGAAGAAUUACCAUCACCACAAAUAGAUAACGAAGAAGAUCAAGAUCAAGAUGAUCAAGAUCAAGAUCAAGUACCAACCACACAAGUUGAACCUUCAGUAGCUGCCUCAAUGGCCACAACAACCUCAAAACCACCAUUACCACCACCACAUAUAGAUCAAUCAUACCUCACUAAAAAACGUAUCAAAAGUACAAAUUUUAAUAAAGAAAAAAGAAUGGAACAAAUUUGGAAUUCUUAUUUAAGACAAGUCCUUUUAAAAAGAAUUCAAUUAAGAUUAGAAAUUCAAAAUUAUCAAAAUUUUAUGAUUACAAAAGAAACUUCUGAAUUUAUAAAUAAAAUUUUCGAACAAGUUAAAUUAGAACAAGAUAAAAACAUUGAUUUAAAAUCAGAAAUAAGUUAUCAAACUUCAAUCAAUUCCAAAAACACUUUUACUAAUUCAUUUUUCGAAAAUAAACGAGUCCACCCAAAUGCAAAUUCACCAUCAAUAAAUUCAUCAUCAUCAAUCUACUCUCAUAAAUCAACAAAAUCAUCAACAAGUACAACAAGCGAGUCAUCAUCAUUAACUUCCAACUCCAUGACUAACGAACAUGGUGAUGUAUUUAUUGAACCUGAACAAUAUCAAGAAGAAUUUAAAAAUUUUAUAAAUAGAAGAUCAAUGUUGGGAGAAAUGUUAGAAUAUAAUUCUGGUGAAGAAUCAUCAGCAUCAGAAGAAGAAGAAGAAGAAAUUGAUCAUGAAUCAUCAGAAAUAAUACAUAAACCUAGUGUUAAAUCUUUUGUAUCAGUUUCACCAUCGAUUAAAUCUGAAUAUUCGAAAAAGAAAUAUGGUACAUUAAUUAAAACACCAUCUAAAAAACCAGCUAAAAAAUUGAAACAAAUAGUAAUGACUAAUGUUGAUAAUCAAAACCAAAACGAACACAAUGAAAUUAUGGAAUUGACAAAUUCACCUAAUUCUUUAAAAAGAAGUUUUGGGUUGAAUCAUAAUUUAAAUAGAUUAAGUAUUUCUAAUUAA